CCACAACUCAAUCGGCCCGUCGUAGAGCGUGAGAUCGAACGAUUGAAGGUGACCUGAUCCGACUCGCAAGCAAUCGCCAACUGAAGCCAGAUGCUACUCGCGGAUCGCCUGCAACAAAGAUUGUCGAAAUGCAAUUUGUCGAGACCUGUCAGCUUCCCCAACACGACAUUUACUGAUGGACGCGUAUCAAUAUGAUGAGCUUCCCCCGGACGCUUUCCGGUACCUCGUUCUCCUACCGGGCGUCAACAGCGACCCACUCAGAUGCAGUCUCCAUAGUUCAACCAUCGACCAGGCACACUACGAGUCUGUCUCGUAUGUCUGGGGCACCGAUCAGAGAGACCACGACAUUUUCUGCGAUGGUAGGGUUCUGAAGAUUACCCCUAAUCUUUAUAGGGUCCUCCUGCGAGUGAGGUUGCCAGAUACUCCGCGGACCCUUUGGGCGGACUCCAUUUGUAUCAACCAGGAGGACCUGCGAGAGAAGGGCCGUCAGGUGACCAUUAUGGGUCAAAUUUACCGCAACGCAGAACGUGUUCUCAUCUGCAUUGGUACCACUGGAGAAGAGCAUGGGGCCAAUGUGCGUUCGUUGCUCAAGGAUGUUUCCGAGAUGAUUGAUAUCGCUCUCAUCGAGAUCAACAGGGGAGUCGAAGAGAUGAAAAGGAACGGUGAAUGGCAACCGCAGUGGAGUCCUUGGGACUGGUUUCCUUUUUCAGACGCAGAUGCUCCAGUUCUCAGCGACCCACGAUGGGCGUCCUUGAACGUCCUUGUGGAACAAGAAUGGUUCCAGCGAGGUUGGGUCGUCCGAGAAGCAGGACUUGCGCGACAAGGGCUAGUGAUCUGGGGACGAACUGAGUUUCUUUGGGACGACCUGAUGCGAGCUCUCGUCUGGAGGCACCGAAGAGCCGUAAAGACAAUCGUCAUCCCGGCAGAAGACCGUUUUAGAUCCCAUCUUGAAGCUUACGAGGCUCAGCAUCAGGAUAUCAUCUGCGUGUUUUACCAAGCGGGCUCUUGGAAGCCAUGCUCCCUUCUGGACUAUAUCCACUUCGCAAGGGCCCUACGACUGAAGGAUCCACGAGAUAGGAUAUACGCCUUCCUUGAUCUUGCCGAAGAUCCGAGGCGCCAGCUCCGUGUUGUUCCAAACUACAACGAUACGCCGCUAAAGGUUUAUCGUGACUUCGCGACACAUUAUGUGUGUACAACCGGCGAUGUGGACUUACUACACUACGUCAAGCAUGACGAAGACUCACUAAAAUCAGGUUUCAUGACCUGGGCACCCGAUUGGAGCAAGAAAGAAGACAAUUUCAUAGGUUUCGUCUCGACAGCUGAUAACUACCCACCUUUAAGGUCGAGCACAGGGAAGGUCUCCGAGCCAAAAUUGAUCGACGGCACCACUCUCGAAGUCAAGGCAGUCAUCAUCGACUCUGUACGCUUUGCUUCCGAUGUGUUUCAAAGCAGCACGACAACGUCAACAGUGUUGUUUAGGCUGUGGACUUUGGUCCGACAGUCCACACCCGAAACGCCUUACUCUACUGCAAAUAUACUUGAAGCCUUCUUUGAUGCGCUCGCAAUGUCAAAUUAUUAUGGAGAUCUCACCGAGUGGCAUCAGACACGGAGAAUCUACAUUGCGACCUUUGAACGUCUCACUACUCAAAUGCAAGAAUCGGAGGCAGUCAGUUGGGAUGCUGAUGAGAUCGCUACACUCGAAUCGAGCAAGUUCCAUGGCUUUAUCUCCUCAUUGAUAAGCGGCAAGAGGGUCAUUGUUACCGAACGUGGCUACAUCGGCCUUGUGCCUGAUGUCACCCAACAGGGAAAUUUGUGCGGAAUCAUAUUUGGGUGCUCCUCUCCGUGCUUACUUCGGACCACCAGCUCUGAUGAUUGCUACGCCUAUUUAGGUUCUGGCUUCAUCUUAGGCAAAGCAGUCCUUGAUUUGGACGAACACGGCCUAAGAUUCUAUAGCUGUCUAGGAGUUGAGGACAGCAAAGACUGGCUGGAGUGGGACGUCGAAGAGCAGGACAUUUACCUACUUUGAGGACGCAAGUUAGACGCGAGCGCUGACGUUAUCAUAUGGAGCAGUACAACAACAACACCUUGGGAGAGCAGCCUAUCACGUGCCAG